CAGCAGCAGCAGCAGCGUCGUCGGCAGCAAUCAACAUCGCCCAUCAUCCCUCAGUGGCUGCCCGGCCACCAAGCCGGCAUAACUGCUUCGAUCGGUUGACUCGUGUGGUUCUCCACCACGCAUUGCGUCACGCAGCUAGUCGUCGCUGACGCGCGCCCGUCUCGGGCUAGAGCCCCGGUAGGAAAACGUUCUCUGAAAGCGGUCGACGCGCCGCUCGGGGUGCGCACGAAAUACAACGGUGUACGGGUACGAGUGCGGGGGCGCGCGAGCGAGUCGGGGGUGCACGGAGCGCAGUGUGCUCGCGAGGGUUGCCUGGCUGCACAUACACGCCAGUGUGCAGCCGCCGGUUUACCGCCAGGCAGGAUAGUCGCGCGGCUCGGCGAUGCGUCCAGCUGAGCUGAAUUGAGCGCGCACGAGGAGGAGGCUCGUGUCGCCGGCGCAGGCCACCCCCUUGCUCCUUCUUCUUUCAUCCUGUUUGCGACUUGUCCUCGAGGGUUGAGACAGGACGACAAAGAUGCCAGCAGCUGGUGGGGCUGUGCCGGCCGUUGCCGAGGGAGCCGGUCAGCUGGAGGAGCUGGACGAGCCGCCGGAGCCACGUGUUCGCGGUGGUAGUGGACGGGCCGGCUUGAUGAAACCCCUAGUGGUGUUGGCUCUACCCGGGAUGUAUCUCUUCUACAAGUAUAGCCAGUACAGGCGGGAGCAGCGCGAGUUGUCCCGCAGAAGAGUGACCGAGAGGGAACUGCAACAUCUUCACCAUAAAAUCGACAAGUUAAUGACAAAACUAGAGGAGAACGAACCAGAGCUGGCAUCUUCACAAGAAGAUGAGUGCGUCAUAUGCGUGAAUGCGAGGGCGACGAUGCAAACUGCGCCAUGUGGGCAUCGAGUGGUCUGCAGGCGCUGCUUCGUCAAGACGAUACAAAUGGCGGUGUCUCAGAGGCUCUUGCCGCUGAGAUGCGUUAUAUGCAGAGCGAAGAUUCUACGGUUGAAUCAGACUCUCAUUCCGCGUGACUAUUCGAUGUCGGGUAAAUCUUGGGUACUUCCUCAAAGCGCGUCAGAGUACAACAUGGGCACAGGCGUUACCGCCGGCGUGUCCGGGCCUGGUGGAAGAUGGGGAACCGGAAGCGUACCAGCCUCUGCCUCUUUAUACUCGAUGGCCAGCGGUUCGUCCUCUAUUUCUGGAGUGUCUUCCGUCUCUUCGGCAACUUCCUCGUCCGCGCAUAGCACCGGAAGUUCCUCUCUCGGUAAACCGACGAGGUUACGGCAACCCACAGGUGCCACUUUCAGACGUUCCCAGGCGCAAUCGAUGAAAAUGCGAAUUCAAGAGUACCAGGAUCCGGUUCAACAAAUCAGUGAAGAGGAAGAGAUCUUGCGGGACAACCGAGAACGCCGAUUGCCACCAAUUAAAGAAUUCCAAAGAGACUACCGCGCUGGCAAGGCUUCGACUAGAAUCAGAUGCGCUCAAAAAAUUGUGACGCAACUAGAAACUUCGCCGAGCCCAAGAGCCACAUCAGCUGUUACAAUAUCGACGUCAUCGGCAUCAUCGUGCGGUCGCGUCGCAUCUAAGCGACCAGCGGCAGCGCCGCCGAAGAUGUCGGUGGUGCAGGAGGUGCAGAAGUCGAAGAAGGAAAAGGAACGGGAAAAGGAGAGAGAAAAGGCGGAGAAGGCGCGGCAGAAGGAGGAAGAAAAAGCAGAAAAGACCAGACAAAAGGAGGCGAAGAAGCUGGCGAAAGAAGAGAAAAAGAGAGCGAAGAAAGAAGCGAAAGCACGGCGAAAGGAAGCCGAGGAGGCCCCUCUCUUAAGGGACGAAAAGUAAGGUCUGACUGAUCGUAUAGAAAUCUCGAAAAAGAUAUCGAGACAUCGAUCGUCGUGAUACAGAUAUCCAAAAGAGUUCUCGACGACUGACAACGUUUUUCGGUAUCUUGUAUCUGCAGAGGAUCGAUAAUAUAUAUAGGACGAGUUACGGACAUUCAUUUAAUUUCGAGAAGAGCUGGAGCGUCGUAAAGGGCGGAGCUUUGAGUCAUUUUGGAAAGUCCAGUAGCCAGUUAUCAACUAAUGAAUAUGGCCUAGCACAAAAGCGGUUCUUCAUAGAGAUUUCCAGUUUAUUAAUGAAUCCAAGAAGCGUUCAUUGUUUUAGCGAAGUUGUAACAUCUAACAACGGGAAAUUGUCUCGAACAGUCCGUAACUCGUCCUAAUUUACUCGUUCAUCUUAAAAGAUAGGUUCGCGAGAAAGCGGUGAGAGAGAAGUAAUACCUAAAAAAAGAAAAACUCUAGAAGCGGCCAAACUUAGUAACCCGUCAUAUCGAGUUAUCGCGGACUAAUACUGUUAUCGUUAGGAAAACUCGAGUAUAGCGCUAUAAUCUAGAAUUCAAGCGAAUUAUGUCAACGUUAUACCUUUACUAUUGCGAUUUCAUUUACUCCGAGAUCAUAUUUUACAACUUGUUUGAGUCACCCUGCCAAAAUGCCAUAAGAUUUUUAUUUAAUCCGAAGUGAUAACCCCUUAGAAUUAAUAAAAAUAAAUGCGCAAACGUGAUCUCUACCAAUUAUACAAAUAAUCAUUGUGCAAAGGUAUACUCGAUUCAUAGUUGACAUGCGCGAUAACCAUCCUCACCGCAACGUUUAAUCGCUAAAUUCAUAAUAAUCGAUGAUCCUGUUCCCUAGUCAAUUUAAACUAGUCAUCAUGUCCUCGUCUACAAAGUAAAAAAAAGUUCUCAAUUCUUUUAUCCUCAUUGUAUUGUGACACCUUAUUUCAGCAUGCCGAAAAAUGCUUGCGUACGGGGUAAAAUGUUUGCAAAAUGCAGGCGAAAUUUUUCUAUUUUAUUAGUAGCGUAGGAAAAGAAGUUUAUAUGAAUUUAUAUAUUUUUAAAUAAUCUUCGAAUAUGUAAAAGAUCGUUUGUUUUUAGAAUCUUAAGAAGAUCGAACAUGAAGAUCUAUACUUUAGAGAAAAAUUAUUUUUUAAUUUAUCCACAAAAUCAUAGUAGUCAUAAGACGAUAUGAAUUUCAAAAAAUUUUAUAAUAAUUUUAGUAAAAUGCAGUAAAAUUUAAUAAAACUGUUUUAUAACAUAAAAUUAUUUGAAUUAUUUUAUGAUAUAAAAUAAUUUGAUUGAAUUUUAUUAAAAUUUUAUUAAACUUUGCUCAAAUUAUAAUAACAUUCUUCAAAAUUCAUGUUGUAAAUUCGAAGAGAAAAUUCUCUCCGUUAACGUAUUUAUAGCUUUCUAAAAUUUAAAAUUUCGCGAAUGAAACAAAAAUAGGUGCAAGCAUUUUUUCCGUUUUCGCAUUUUCCCGUAUUAUCCCUCCCAUCUACCAUCUACGUUGUAAAUACACCCCCACAGAAUUUCAUAAGCGGACGCGAUGUAUUUUCGUGCCGCGUGAAAAACCGUACAAGCCGCGUAUGAGAUAGCCUAAUAAGAUCGAUUUGUUAAAAUGCGCGAGAGUAUACCUAACAUAAACGAAAUAGAGAGUCUUAUAUAGUACACAAUAUACACAAUUUAUAAAUAUAUAUUAUAUAUUAUAAAUAUAUAGGCAGAGAACAGAAAUUUUUGAAACGCAGCGCGUGUCUCGUUACUGUUCGUGAAUUCGUAGGCUCGUAGAGACUCCCAUUAUCGAUUACACACCUUCGAUUCGAAUUCUAUCCCCCCCCCCUCUGGACAAUUCAUGAACAACUAAAUUAACCUAAACAAAUGAAGCAGUUAAUUAAAUGAAAUUGCUAUACUGUACGGCGUAUAGUAGAUUUCUCGUACAGUGUUUUAAAGACGCAGAAGAGUUACAUGAGAGUUACAUGAGAGUUACGCGCUAAUAGCUUUAACGACAAAAACCCCUGUGUCAUCGACACACACACACACACACACACACACACACACACACACACACACACACACACACUUGCGCGCGCGCGCGCAAAACGCAGACAAUUCUUCGACUUCAUAUUCCACACUUGAUCUCGAUUGUCUAUCGCCUUGCAAGUUUCCCGUAAGCAGCCGAAAAUCAAAAGCAAUUUUUUUACAAAGUCUAUACGUCAAAACUAGCUGCAAGUCUUAAUAUCAAAAAGAUUUUCAAUGAGUAGGAAAAUAGUCUGACGCGAGGCUCUACCUCCAACAGGUAGAGGACAACUUACGACGAUAGAAAAUUCAAUGUUAUUUUCAGCGAUGCAUUUUUAAUAGUGCAAAAUGACGAUUUGAUAAUAAUGACAAUACUUCUUUUUUAACCGAAAAUAUAGCGCAGGCGAGAAUGAAAUCUUCCGGAAAUCACGAGCUAUGUUUUACGAACUGUCACGUCAGAACAGUGGGACGGAUGAGAAAGUCUCAAAUACAAAUUUUUUUUUGUCCUUUCGUUAAUUCGCUCUGUGGAAUCGAGCUCGAUGCACAGUUUUAAUGCGCAUAAAGGAGAAUCAAACAUUGAACAUAUUCUAAUAAGCUGCAAUAUUAUGAUAGUAUGAUAAAAUCGUAGGACAUGACAUCCGCCACAUCCGCCUAAUUUUCAGUAUCUCAAAUCGUAUUAAAUAAUUUUAAUUGUGCAACAGAGAGAGAGAGAGAGAGAGAGAGAGAGAGAGAAGAGAGUGUGUGUGUGUAAAACAAAGUACAAUUUAUUUCCAUAAGCUUUCGUCAGGUAACACGAGAGAAAAUUAUAUUUAAAAUUCAAUUCUUUGAAACUCAUCAAAUGGUAUGGUUCAAUUUAGAAAUCAGGUAGACGUAAUAAAAGUAGGAAUCAGUAUAGUCGUUAAAGAAAAACAAAUGCAAUUGUAUUUGAAAAAAAUUGGACUUUCAAUGUAUACUAAAAGCGAUCAUGCACAUAUCAAUAGCAAUUAGUCGAGUUUAAUUAGCGUUUUCGUUUAAACCGCAUUGCGCCGCUCUAAGAUGACACAAUUUGCGCCCGUGUCCGCCAAUGAAUGCGAGCGGAGACUGAAGUAAUCAAACGAAUACAAUCACGAGCGACAAUGAGGUUAAUCCGACAAUGCUACUACCUAGCGUGUAAUAUUAACCGUCAAUUAUUGUACUCGCUGCAUCGAUCCCAACUGUGACGAGCCCGACUCGUACGGCGUACUCAAUAAUCAAAAUAAGCGCACGAGGCGUAAGCUAUGCCGAUCCUCGAGUUAUAAGCGCUGUAUAAGAUCAAACUUACAGAGGGUAUAUGAUGAUAAAAAUUAACAAAUUAUAAAUUUAUAUUUAUUUAAAUUCUUUACGUGGAUGAAAAAGAUUUGAGGAGUUGGGUAUCCUGUGUAAGACGAUAGAAGUAUUUUUUGUGAGUCAUACACACAGAGAGAAUUUUUUGAUAUUAGUUUAAGAAUUCGCUACAAAUUUUACUACGUUUGGUGGUAAGCUUGGAACAACUCUGUUGGCAACUAAACACAUGUUAUGUCAAUAACGAAUAGAAAAUUUUAAAAUAUGUUUGUAUUUUAAAAUAGAAAAUUUUAAAAUACAAAACAAUGAAACGUUUUAUAAACUGCAUAAUAAAAGCCACUUAGCAGAUUGUAAAAUUUAUAUAAAUAAUUUUAUAUUUUAUUAUUAUAAUUAAUAAUAAAUCAAAAAAAAUUCUUAGAAAUAUCACGUUAUCCUAAGACUACCAUUUUAAGAAUAAAUUCUCACAAAAAUUCUCUCUGUGUAGAUAGGUAUUCGAGGAUUACCAUCGUAAAGUCAUUAAACACUUAGAAUUUAUAAAAUUUUCCUUACAGCUCAUGCGAAUGCGAGACUUUCUCGAAUCCCGAUGAACGGAGGGAGUUGCGAGCGUAAACCGCAAUUAUAGCGUGUGUUUGAAAUGCGAUAGUUCGACGGAAAAGCGCGAAGGUGUCUUCUGCCACAGUAAAGUCAAUUUUAUUAUCGAGCUCACCGCGUACACGCAAUGCUGAAUUCGCGAGUGACACUGAGGCUACGACCUCAGUGGCAGCAAAUCGAUGCGAUUCGAUUUCUCAAAGUCACACCAACAGGAAAUGCCUAUGUUAUCGACAAGAUUUUACCAAGACAGAAACGCGAAAACGAAACGCCAGAGUUUCGUUGGCUACCUCGCGCGAGGAUCACAAAUCUCUUCGACGUAAGCGAUUUGCUAGUUUUUGCAAGAAAUUUUCCGUAAUUGAAUUUGAAAAGCGUACACCCUAUGAUAUAAGAAAUCAACUUAAUUUGAAUAGACAUUAGAUAAGUUCAAAAGUUUUGAUGGGUUUCUUCAAUAGAUAUUGCAACGUUUUCUUAUUGCACUAUUGGCAAACAUGUUAAUAUAUUAUGCAUCACUGUCAGUUGUUUCGAAAAAA